AUGAAUCUACCAACUUGGUUGCGAUGGCUCCUGGCCUACAAGAAGCUUCUCUUCACCCUCCUCUUCCCCAUCAUCCUCAGUCCCAUUCUCAUCAUUUACCCGACAUCCGUAAGUGGUUGGAUUUGUGCUUGUGUCGGUGUGGUUGUGGUGCGGAUGUUGGCGUACACCCUCCUCAUUGUGCCUUGCUUGCAGGAGGCGAAGGGAGCGUAUACCCUCUUCUUGAUGGCAGGCUACUGGAUAACCGAGUCAAUUUCCAUCUACGUUACGGCCAUGUUGCCGCUUCUGAUGGGGCCUCUGAUGGGCAUUGUAGCCUCCAAGGUGGCCUGUGGGGCCUACAUGCGCGAUGCCAUCAUGCUCUUCAUUCACGGUGCCUUCUUGGCUGUGGCUGCUGAGCAUCGCAACAUUCAUCGUCGUAUCGGUGCUGGCGUGAUUAGAAUUAUGGGUGGUGAUCCGAGACUGUGA